UCUCCUGUUUUGCCCUCUCAGUUGGGGUUUCUGGUUCUAUCGAUGAUCUCGGGAGACCCAUUUUUGUGAUGCAUUCUGUUUUUGUUGGACUGUAUUUUGUUUUUUGCAUCUUGUUCUUGGUUAAUUCAUUCUUUUUUGCUCUCGAUCGAGUGUUUUCCUGUGAGAAUCAGUACGAGUUCGACUCCCUGUACCCAUGCCUACACUCGUCAACUACAGUGGAGAUGAUGAUUUCUAUUCUGGGUCGCUUUAUGCUAACCCUACGGAUUCGAGCCUCAUGCUCUCUCUUGGUCUUCAUGUGGAUGUGUUCUGUCUUCCUCGCAAGAGAUCUCGCAUCAGUGCACCUUUUGUCUUCAGAGGAGAUGAGUUUGAGCAGAAGCGACCCUCUAUUGAUGUUCUUCCUGAUGAGUGCCUCUUUGAGAUCUUAAGAAGACUACCUGGAGGCCAGGAGAGGAGUGCCUGUGCUUGUGUCUCAAAGCGCUGGGUCACGCUUCUGAGUAGUACUCGUAACACUGAUAUCUGUGGCAGCAGAAACACAGACUCCUUGAAGCCUGAUAAGGGAUUGGUUUCAAAUGAGGUAGAUGAGUCUUCAAAGCUUGACAAAGAAAGUACUCUUCCAGUUUCCAAUGAAAAUGAGGAGCAGGAUCUUGAGAGUGAUGGACAUCUUAACAGGUGCUUGGAAGGGAAGAAGGCAACUGAUAUCAGACUUGCUGCCAUUGCUGUUGGAACUAGCAGUCGUGGGGGGCUGGGUAAGCUAAUGGUCCGAGGAAGCAAUAGUUCUCGCGGGGUUACGGAUUUUGGUCUUUCAGCAAUUGCACGUGGUUGCCCCUCCCUCAGGGUUCUCUCUCUUUGGAAUGUGUCUUCUAUCAGUGAUGAAGGCCUAUCAGAGAUUGCAAAUGGAUGCUAUAGGUUGGAGAAGCUGGACCUCUGCCAGUGCCCUCAAAUUUCUGACAAGGGCAUGAUUGCAAUUGCAGAGAACUGCCCAAAUUUGACUGCUGUAGCAGUUGAAUCUUGCCCAAAUAUUGGGAAUGAGAGUCUGCAAGCAAUUGGCAAACAUUGUCCCAAUCUUCAGUCAAUUUCAGUCAAAGACUGCCCUAGUGUUGGGGAUCAAGGAGUUGCUAGUCUGUUAUCUUCCACUACUUAUGUCAUGACAAAGGUGAAGUUGCAAGGUGUUUGCAUAACUGAUGUCUCUCUUGCUGUUUUAGGCCACUAUGGUAAGGCUGUUACAGAAAUAGUCCUUGCAGGCCUUCAGAAUGUCAGUGAGAGGGGCUUUUGGGUCAUGGGUAAUGCUCAUGGUCUGCAUAAGCUCAAGUUGAUUACAAUUACUUCUUGUCGGGGGGUUACAGAUCUUGGUCUCGAAGCUGUUGGAAAGGGUUGCCCUAACUUGAAGCAGUUGUGCCUUCGCAAGUGUUCUUUACUGUCUGACACUGGACUUGUAGCUUUUACCAAAACAGCGGUUUCCCUUGAGUGCCUGCAAUUGGAAGAGUGCAAUCGGGUCACUCAGCGUGGGGUUCUUGGUGCUCUUUCUAACUGUGGAGCAAAGUUGAAGGUUCUCAGCCUAGUCAAAUGCAUGGGCAUUAAGGAUAUGAUUUUGGCUUUGCCAGUGCUCUCUCCUUGCAAAUCUCUGCGGUCCUUGUCUAUUCGUAACUGCCCAGGUUUUGGUAGCUCAAGCUUGGCUAUGGUGGGUAAGUUGUGCCCCCAGACGCAAUACAUAGACCUAAGUGGGCUCUGUGGAAUAACAGAUGCAGGGAUUCUUCCAUUUCUUGAGAGCUGUGAGGCAGGUCUUGUGAAAGUUAACAUCAAUGGCUGCAUGAAUUUGACAGAUGCUGUGGUUAAAGCCAUUGCAAGGCGUCAUGGUGGGACUCUUCAAGUACUAACUCUUGAUGGCUGUAGGAUGAUCACUGAUGCGAGCUUAGUGGCAAUUGCAGAAAGCUGCCCACUGCUCCAUGAUCUUGAUGUCUCCAAGUCUGCAGUCACUGAUUUUGGCAUUGCUACACUUUCUUACGCAAAGCAACUUGACUUACAAAUCCUGUGUAUUUCAGGCUGCUCCAAUGUGACAGACAAGAGCAUUCCCUUCCUAGGAAAACUGGGUCAAACUCUUGUUGGGUUAAACCUCCAGCAAUGUAAAUCAAUCAGCAGCAGGGCAGUUGAGCUACUUGUGGAGCAUCUAUGGAGAUGCGACAUCCUCUCCUAAAAAUUGGGAGUGGAACAACUUCUGCGGAAGAAGGCAGAGGAGGUGAAGGAUGAAGAUUAGGCAAACCAAGAGUUUGCAAGGCAUCAGCAUCACCUUACGUAUGGUAGCAAUGAUCAGCAGCAGCGAAACCCAUAUAAUAGUUUUAGGUUUUUUGGGCCCAUAUGCAGUGGGUCUUCUAGUUUCUUCUCACACUGGUUACUUGGUUGUUUUCCAGGAACUCUAGCCAAUCUUUCUUCUAUUUUGCAGGUAUUCCUUUUCAUAGGCAACCUGUUUCAACUGUUUUGGGCUAACCAUUGGCUGGGAUGCCUCGUGGCCAUAGUUCCCUGUGAAUACAGUUACCAGGUUCCAGUUUUA